CCCAUUCUAGACAGCAUUUAGCUAGCUAGCUAUCAUAGUUUUCAGUCGGGCAGACAGCAGUUUACAAAAGCUUUGAUAACCUCGCAUCGUUAGCUUUAUAUUGCUUUUAACGUUAAACUAAGUCACUUUUCCGCCAUAUUACUCUGAUUCUUUAAUGAUUCGGUGGCUAAUUAGCCAAAGUCGUUUAAGUGGCGCCCUAAGAGAAACACGGCCUCCCAAAACUCUAAAUGGCAUAUUGCAAAUAGAAAAAUCCUAUGCUAAGCUAACUGGCUAACGCCAGCUAGCCUUUAGCAUCAUGCGAGCAUUUAGUGUGUUUCCUGGCUUGCAGCUUUGGCUGUCGGCACUUCAUUUCAGCAUUAAUUUGAAGCUCACCCAGACACAUCGUUGAUUACAUUAUUCGGGAUUCUAAGUAAAGGACUUCUCUUGAUCACUUGGUGCAUGAAGCUCUCUUGAGGUUGUGGUGUCAAAUUCCUGCAUCCCCCAGCUUCACCUGUCUCUCAUCAUGUCCUCAACCUCCUCCUCCUACUCCUCCUCAGGAGAGACUAGUCCAGAGGAUGUACCCCGGGGUGGGGGCACCAUCCGAGUCUACCUCCCCAACAAACAGAGGACAGUGGUGAAUGUUCGGCAAGGACAGACUGUGCACGAGAGUUUAGAUAAGGCACUCAAAGUGAGAGGCCUUAGCCAAGAGUGCUGUGCAGUAUUUCGCCUUCUGGAAGGUCGUAAGAGACUGACAGAUUGGGACACAGACAUCACUCCUCUGGUUGGAGAGGAACUGUUAGUUGAGGUCUUGGAUGAUAUUCCCCUCACUAUGCACAAUUUUGUACGGAAAACGUUCUUCAAGCUGGCUUACUGUGAUUUUUGCCACAAGUUUCUUUUUAAUGGCUUCAGAUGUCAGACAUGCGGCUAUAAAUUUCACCAGCACUGCAGUAGCAAGGUUCCCACUGUGUGCGUGGACAUGGAUACAGUGAGCAAACGAUGUGAUUCCAAUACCUGCACAGAUGAGUACCCACAAAUACUAUUGCCAGAGAAUUCACCAUCGCAGAGCAACCUUGCCUUAACCCCAGAGCCUGCUGGGAUGGACCUCCUGUCUCCGACCUCAGCCUUCCACUUUCCCAUGCCGGGUGGAGAUGGUCAGUCCUUACAGAGGCAUCGCUCAACCUCCACUCCCAACGUUCAUAUGGUCAGCACAGUUGGUCCUGCUGGUGCCAGCAUUAUAGAGGAAGCACUUAAAUUCAACAACACAAUGGGUCCUGAGCCCUCACCGAAGCCCUCCACCAGCCCACCAUCUUCUCUUGGCUCUCCAGGGAGGCGACCACCCAAGUCUCCGUCAGAGCGCAAGCCCUCCUCUUCGGACGACAAAAAGAAAGUGCACCGAGGAGGCUACAGAGACUCAAGUUACUAUUGGGAAGUCCACUCUCGGGAAGUCAACUUUCAGAAGAGGAUAGGUUCUGGUUCCUUUGGAACAGUCUUCAAGGGCAAGUGGCAUGGAGAUGUGGCAAUCAAGAUCCUUAAAGUCACAGAGCCAACGCCUGAGCAGUUACAGGCCUUCAAAAAUGAAAUGCAGGUCUUGCGGAAGACCCGCCACGUCAACAUCCUGCUGUUCAUGGGCUACAUGACUAAGCCCAACUUUGCCAUCAUCACACAGUGGUGUGAAGGCAGCAGCUUGUACCGCCAUCUGCAUGUCACAGAAACCAAGUUUGACACUAUGCGUCGAAUCGAUGUGGCCAGACAGACAGCACAGGGCAUGGAUUAUCUUCAUGCGAAGAACAUAAUUCAUCGAGAUCUGAAAUCAAACAAUAUUUUUCUCCACGAGGGCUGGACUGUUAAGAUUGGCGACUUUGGCUUAGCCACAGUGAAGUCUCGGUGGAGUGGCUCCCAACAGGUAGAACAGCCAAGUGGUUCCAUUCUUUGGAUGGCUCCCGAGGUAAUCCGAAUGCAGGACAGUAACCCGUAUACGUUCCAAUCUGAUGUAUAUGGCUAUGGAGUAGUGCUGUUUGAGCUGAUGUCAGGGACCCUGCCUUACUCCAAUAUCAACAACAGAGAUCAGAUAAUCUUUAUGGUUGGACGUGGUUACUUGUCUCCAGACCUCAGUAAGCUGUAUAGUACCUCACCCAAGUCGAUGAAGAGGCUUAUCAUUGACUGUCUGAAAUUCAAACGUGAUGAGAGGCCCCUGUUUCCACAGAUUCUGGUAGCCAUUGAGCAGGUUCAAGACCUGUUGCCAAAAAUCGAGCGGAGUCGCUCUGAGCCAUCUCUCCAUCGGGCCGUACAUGCAGAGGACCUGAACCCCCUCCUGUUCCACACUACCAGGCUGAUGCCCCUCUAAGGUCCCCACAACUCUGGGCAGAGAGACCAUCACGAUUGUCCAAAACCACGGCAUUCACUUGCCUCAGAGAAGCUGCAGGCCGACUGUCCUUACAGACUGCAAACCCCAACUUGGUCCCUUCCCCCUGCUGAACCCUGGAGCUGCAGCACUCGGCACAAAAAUGUGUAUCUGCAGAAAUAACCUAAACACAUUGUCUAUUCUGAUAGUGAAUCUUCUUUUCCAUUAAACAAGUGACAAAGA